AUGGAUCCGGUUGAAGCCGGCGAAUGGCUAAUCGGAAGGCCACAACAGCUCAUAUUCCUCACAGGACUUGAUCCUAAUAAUAAGGAACAUCAUUCUGCGCUUGUCAGUACCUUCGGCGUUCGUACACCAGAUCGACCACCUCUAAACCUUCGCCUAGUGACUGGUGAAUUCGACUUGCCACAAAAAGCGGAAAAGAAAAUCGGCAAAGGUAUCCUCCGGCGCGACUGGUUUUUGAAAUAUAUAGAUCGAGUGCCGGCUUUGAUUGUCUUGUUCCUGGAUCUUGAUUGGGACCAUGCUUCAUGGAUCGAGAAGAAGACCGAAGCCGAGAGUAAAUGCGCAAGUCUUCGAGCAAGUGUUGGCCAGUCGAGUAGGGUGGCUGUUGUGCUUUUGCAGCAAAGGUCAGUACCAACAUCAAGUGAUGAUCCGUUAGCAACUGAGCGUGCCCAUGAGUUAUGCCAGAUCUGUCAUCUUACGCCAAGACAGCUGUUUGUGGUUCCUAUUCUUGGCGAUUUAAGCGGCUAUGUGUCCAAGCUUGAGUCUGCAUUCCAUGAAUUAGCGCAAGGAUUUUAUCAACAGAAGCUCAAGGCUAUCCGAGCACGGUCGAUACCGAAUAACUCACCGGCAUUGGUUGUUCGUCAGUUGUUCAAGCUUGCCUUCCUUUCAGAACUUCGACAAGACACCCAUACUGCUUACAGAAAUUAUCGUCUUGCAUAUGAACAGUGCAAAGAUCAUGUCGAAAGCUGGGAUUCGUACGAUAUUUUCGAAUGGCGAAGUGUUGUUGGACUGCUUAAUUAUAAGAUCUGCGAGUUAUGUUUUCUGCAUAAUAUGGCUGUCGAAGCGAUUAAUCAGAUGCGCAGGCAUCAAGCCGUCUUCUUUUCCGGUCCUGCCGGCAUUUAUCCUACCCCGCAACUCGCUCAUAUCGAGUUGCAACUGUGGAAUGCUAAAGAGUGCUGGCAUUUCGCUCAGCUUUUCGAACAAGCUGUAGUGAACGGUUUGACAGCGCUAGCUACUUUGAAUCCUGGAACACAUUUGGAUUUAGCCGCUUCGUUGUACUCAGCCGUUAACAAGAGUAUUCUAGCGUUGAAGAAAACGAAUCCUCUAACGCAGCCGUAUCCAAACCCUGAUCCCAUGGCGGCAAUACAUAAUACCAUCUUCUUCGGUCAACGUCCAUGGAGAAUUGGAUAUGAUGGUCUUGCUCCGGCUAAUGUGGAAACAGACGCGGUAAUUGCUAUCAUGCAUCGACUUGUUGUGAAUUAUGAAGGAGUUAUCUCUUUGCUGAAUGCGGCUAUGGCACAAUUCAAAAAAUAUGGAUGUUUUCGAAUGUAUCGCAAGGGUAUAAUUGAGAAAGCUGAAGUUUACUACCAAAGCGGUGAUCUGACAAGAGCCCUACAACUAUGGGUGGCUGUGGUUAGGGAAGGUAUACCACCGUCCGUUCGAAAGGAUAUACUGGAGAAAGCGAUCAGCGCUGCUUACUGCACAGCUUCCGUGAAGGAUUACCUUUGGUGCUGCGUACAGUUGAUGACAAUACAACCAUUAGCCGAAGAUGGUUUUCGUGCUGUGCUCCAUUCUACCGUACCGCCACCACCAUUUUCUCAGAAUGAUGUGUCUCCUGCGCAGAUGUUGCAGUAUCAAAACACAUGGGCACAAGUUUUGGCAGAACAUCAAUAUUUUAGCAUACAAGCGUCUCGUAUGGAAGCUUUCGUUAAUGUGCAGGCAUCAUUUUUGGAGAAUGAUUCGGUGCAGUUAGAUGCAAAAGUCCCGGUUCGGGUCUGCUUAACGUCGGUUGCCAGCCAUCCCAUAAGUUUGUCUGCGGUUGUGGUCAUCUGCGAUACGGAACGAAGACGUCGAGUUCUCGCGCCGACCACAGAGAAUCCACCCCUUCUCCAAGCGUCUCGAAGCGGAAUAGUGCUUCAGCCAAAGAGUGUUACAUCCUUAAUUGUAGUGCUGGACCUGUCUAAAGCUCAGCUAGAAAAGUCGCAGACUUUAGUGAUUAGCCGAAUUCUGCUAGAAUUAGGUGACAGGCAUUCGAAAAUGUUUGGACAGCUUGAAUUCAACCUUGAUCAUCCAUACGUUGUGCCAUCGCUGAGGAAUAUACGCGAAAUUGGAAGCAGCGCAAUUAGGACCGCUGCUUCUGAUGGAGGAUUAGUUCCUGAUGGCUCGACGACGCAGGUUACCUGCUUGGUUGCUGAAAUUGCAUCGGCGACAUUGAAGCUUAAAAAUACCUGUGGUCAUAGAAUAGAAGCUGUGAGGCUUGACUUCAAACGUAACGAACAAAUAUCUACGGAAGCAAUUGCUGUGCUGUUCGUGGAUGACAGCGACGAACUUCGCUCAGAACUGACUGUGAUUGGUCCUGACAGGGUUGAUUCGGGAGAAGUGGUCAGCAUUCCAAUCAGGUUUUCUGCUCAGUUGGUGGGAAACAUCGAGCUAGAAUUAGAGACAAGCUAUCAACACGAAGGUGAGACAAGACGAAGGACUGGCAGAGUUCGUUUGUCCAUAACUGCCAGAGAACCACUGAUUGUGAAAAGUGGAGUUCUAAGCAUGAAUGGACUACCGUUAGCCUCAAUUUUGAAUCACAAUGAACAUAUAAUCAAAGCAAGCAUCACAGCCAAUGCCGAUAUCGUUAUCACCCACGUCGAGUGGCUUUUGGCUGAUGUUGUUGCUCCUAUAGGCGAAGAAUGUUGUGCAAAGACAGUAGAAGAUUAUCUAACUGACGGUGAAGUGCUGUGCUAUUGUUGCGCUGUGACGAUCAACAGUGCCGAGGAAGACUCCGAAACCCCACUGGGCAGACUGGCGGUGGAAUGGAGACGGUCAGGUGGAGGGAGUACGGUACGAUCAGUGGUUCCGUUGUGUCGGAUACCCCUGCUCCAAUGUCCAGUGUCAGUUACUGGCACGUUAGUAGAUCCACGAGCAGCUACAGUAAGACAUCCAAUCCGAGUCGCUUAUUCAAUACGAAGCCAUUCGAAAGAGGCAAUUGAAUUGACGGCAUCGUUCGAUCUAGCUGAUGUGUUCAUGUUUUGCGGUGAGAAAAGGAAAACCUUCAACUUGAUGCCAUUUGAAAGUUAUUCAAUAGUUGUCGUAGUGAUGGCGUUGACAGCUGGACGACUUCCUUUCCCAAAGAUCUCGUUGAAGUUUAGGUCCCCGGUGAUCUCAGACGACACUUUACAGCACACGUCCAGAGCACUUCCUGCUAAUUUAUUUGUACUGCCAUGUGCCAAAGACUCGAGCGUUUCCGAAAUCUAAGCAGCAGGGGAUCCAACUGUGAUAUUUUUUCUGUUAUGAUGAUUUGUAUAUUAUUGAUAAAAAAUAA